AUGAUUAUCCAGUACACAGCCAAGAAUGUCUCUCACUCUGGACAAAAGGAAGAGAUUAAUGGGAGCCGUGAGGAGGUGGGGGAGGUGAAUAGGAAGGGGGAAGAAGAAGAGCAGGAGCAGAAGAAUAUAGGCUCACAGCUGUUCUUCCAAGCCCCACACAGGGAAUCGGUGAUUUUGUUCUCGACAGGCAAAAAGCUGUUUAAAGUUCCAUGUUUUGAGACGGUGGAGAACUCUGUGCAGCAGGAGCAACGUAGCACUGUGUUGGCGGUCCAGAGGAUGGAGCAACAUGGCACUGUGUUGGCAGCCCAGAGGUUGCAGCUGCCAAUAAAUGAAGAGUACCCAUCUGGGUCAGAACCAGCCUGGCAGGACAACCCCUCCAUACUGAGUCUCCCAAGAGACUUUUUCGUCCCGAAGAACUGUGCCCACAGCCCAGCCAUGGCAUUGCUACGCAAGCGUCUGCCCCCAGUAGAGGAGUUGCGUCUGGAUGCGGAGGUGGCCACGUACGCCUCAAGACCUGCCCCUGCCCCUCCCACACUCCAACCCCCUCGGCCCCGCUGCGGAAACCCUCUGGCAUUCAUUCUGCACUUCCAGGAAUCCACUACAUUUGUGCCAAUUGACUGCGGCCCUGCCUCCCCCAGCGCCUCUGCACUACCUGACAACAUUUGCAUGAUGGGAAGUUUUUCCUAAGGCUGCCAGCUGAAUUACAUUGUUUCAGCCGUGAAGAGGAUAACGGGAGUAAUUACUCCUGU